AUGGCGACUAAUUACGGAAGCUACCAGAAUGUUGUCUUUGCCAAGGGUACCCUGAUGGGUAUCAAGCCGACCGUCACAACUGAUCCGAGGAUGCUGGAAGAACAAGCGAAAAAGGCUCUCAGCGAGGAGACGUAUAACUUUGUAUCUGGGGGUGCUGGUGAGAAGGCGACUAUGGAUAGUAACCGGUUGGCCUUUCGGCAGUGGAAGAUGAUCCCACGGAUGAUGCCCGAUGUCACGGAGCAGGACGUUUCAGUGGAAUUAUUCGGUCAGAAGUACGACACUCCACUGAUCGUGGCCCCACUUGGAGUUCAGCGUAUUUUCCACGAAGAUAAGGACACUGGGCUGGCCAAGGUCUGCGCAGAGGAAGGCAUUCCUUUCACUAUGAGCACGGCUGGUACCAGCUCUAUUGAGGAGCUCGCAGAAGCCAGCGGCAAUGGUAAACGCUGGUACCAGCUCUACUGGCCUAAAGAUAACGAUGUCACCGUGUCAAUCCUGCAGCGGGCAAAGGCUAGCGGCUUCUCGGUCCUGGUCAUCACUUUGGACUGCUGGACUCAGGGCUGGCGACCGGCUGAUCUUGACAACGGGUACAUCCCGUUCCUCAAGGGAACCGGGUGCCAGGUCGGGUUCAGUGAUCCAGUUUUCCGGGCCAAGUUUGAGAAGAAGUCUGGAAAGCCAGUCGAAGAGGAUAUCGUUGGUGCUGCGGUCGCAUGGUUGGCCGAUGUGCAUAUGGGUCAACCUCAUUCUUGGGAAGAUAUCGCUUUUCUGAAGGAGCACUGGGACGGUCCCAUCGUCUUGAAGGGUAUCCAGCAUGUGGAGGAUGCGAAGUUGGCACUCAAACAUGGCUGCGAAGGAAUCGUGGUUUCUAAUCACGGUGGCCGCCAGGUUGAUGGUGCGAUCGGUUCGCUAGAUGUUCUCCCCGAGAUCGUUGAGGCGGUCGGCGACCAGAUGACAGUGCUAUUCGACUCCGGUAUCCGAACAGGAAUGGAUGUCGUCAAAGCACUGUGCCUGGGAGCUAAAGCCGUGAUGGUAGGACGACCCAUUGUUUAUGGACUCAGCAUCGAUGGAAAAGAAGGUGCUCGGCAGGUGAUUAAGAACAUGCUUGGUGAUCUGUGGCAGAACAUGACGCUGUCAGGAAUUCGCUCGGUGAAAGAGUGUAACCCGAAACAGAUUCGCCGAGUCACAUACGGAGGAGAUUCGAAGGUGAUGAUGUAG